AUGGCUACCGGUUCAUGCGCCUGCGGCCUUCUGAAAUACUCUUUCAACAGCGAGCCUCUCGUCUGCGCGCUGUGUCACUGCAACGGUUGCAAGCGAUCCUCCAGCUCUGUUUACACCCACAACCUUCUCGUACCGGCCGCCACCUUCACGACCUCGGGCAUCGCCAAGAUAUAUGGGGACAAGGGGCAAUCAGGGAAAAAUCGAUCUUUCCACUUCUGCCAGGAAUGCGGGACCACCCUUUACAUCGUGAGCGAGAACAUACCAGGGGUCGUUGUCGUCAAGGCGGGCACUCUAGAUGACUUGAGCUUAAACGAGAUAAAGUAUAGACCUACUGUUGAGAUUUUCUGCAAGGAAAAGUACAGCUGGUUGCCGGAUAUCGAAGGGGCUAGGAAGUUCAAUGGUGCCAUGGGACAUUGA